ACACAGUGACUUGGUCUGGCUGGACGUACAAAGCAUCGAAUAUGGAUUUAAUGUUUAGGCUCGUUUCGUAGCGUGCUUUAGCUUCCGCGGUGCUAUAGAACCCACCAUUUAGUAACGGUGUCUUUAAUUUCGUUUAAAAGUUUGUUGGUUGUUUGUUUAUAAGUUAGGCGGCAGUAGAGAAAGAAGGCGGUGGCAGGAGUGUAGUCAGUGUGCUGCCGCUGCUGCUUCUACCUGGCCUGCUGGUCUGCUGGUCAACCAGCCAGCUGAACUGAAAUAACGUUUUUCUAACUUCACCAAGGCUUUUGCAGUCCUCUACUUCCAGUAAAACUUUAGGAUUGGGUCACAGCGCAAUGGCUGACAGCAGCAUAGUUACUUUGGGUAUGGCCCGUAGCCUGCUAGUGGACUCAUCUGUAUACGACUCCAGAAUGGCAGAGACCUCUAAGGAGCACACUUUCCUAGGGCUGGUCUCUUGUGACGCAGAGGAAAUCCUGCGCCAAGUGCAGACCAGGGUGGUCCUGGUAGGGGCAACGGGCAACAAUAUUGAACUUGUAAAGGCGCUAGAGGCAAUCAGAAUAAUGGAAGUCCCAGUAGUAAAGAUAAAGGAAGGGGACCCAGGCGAGUCGGGCGAGAAAUUGAUAAAAUCUAUAGUCAAUAUGGACAUAAAUGUCCCCUGUAUAAAGACAGACAAUGUCAGAGAGUUUGGGGACGGAGAGAAUGCAGAGUUUGAGACAGUCUUUGUACUGAAGGACUUCCAGUCUCCAGACUACAGCUAUUUAUACAAGAAUGACAACCGCAUUUUAGGGCCUCCUGUGGUAUUUCACUGUGCUGGGAAGGGAGAGCCUUUGCCAUUCUCGUCCCGUCCUCUCUACUCUACCACCAUGCUGAAUUUGUCGCUAUGUUUCACUGGCUUCCGAAAGAAAGAAGAAGUGGUAAACCUGGUCAACCUGGUGCAUCAUAUGGGUGGCACCAUCCGCAAGGACUUCAGUGCUAAAGUCACCCAUCUCAUUGCCCAUUCCACUCACGGAGAGAAGUACAGGUUGGCUGUUUGUAUGGGUACACCCAUCCUCACCCCUGACUGGAUUCACAAGGCCUGGGAGCACAAGGAUGACAUCAAUUUCCAUGCAGGUGAUGAAGAGUUCCGUACAGCCUUCAAAGUGCCUCCAUUUCAGGACUGCGUUCUAAGCUUUCUUGGCUUUUCUGAGGAGGAAAAAAACAACAUGGAGGAAAGGACACUGAAGCAUGGUGGCAGAUUUCUGGAGGUCGGAGAUGAGAAGUGCACUCACCUGGUGGUGGAGGAGAACUCCAUUAAAGAGCUUCCCUUUGUGCCAUCUAAGAGACUAUACGUUGUGAAACAGGAGUGGUUUUGGGGAAGUAUCCAGAUGGAUGCCCGAGCUGGGGAAUCUAUGUAUUCCUAUGAGAAGUCGGAGAGCCCUGCAAUGAAGAAGGCUGUGUCCCUUCUUUCCCUUACCACGCCCACCAGUAAUCGGAAGCGACGACGGCUGCGGGACACUCUGGCCCAGCUCACGAAAGAGACUGAGAUUUCACCCUUCCCCCCACGCAAAAGGCCUUCAGCAGAGCACUCACUGUCCAUGGGUUCCCUACUGGACAUCUCUAACACUCCAGAGACCUGUAAGGCUCUGGCAGAGAACGCCAAGCCCUCCAAAAGCUCCACACCGGUCCUGCCCAAGCAGUCGGCAAGAUGGCAGGUAUCCAAGGAACUGUACCAGACAGAGAGCAACUAUGUGGAUAUCCUGGCCACAGUUCUGCAGCUCUUCAAACAUCCGCUGGAGAAGGAGGGGCAGGUGGGAGGGCCCAUCCUGGCUCAAGAGGAGAUUAAGACCAUCUUUGGCAGCAUCCCAGAUAUUUAUGAAGUCCAUACCAGGAUAAAGGCGGACCUGGAGGAGCUGGUGAUGAACUGGUCGGAAGACAAGAGCGUUGGAGACAUCAUUUUGAAAUAUUCUGGAGAGCUGGUGAGAGCUUACCCACCAUUUAUCAACUUCUUUGAGAUGAGCAAGGAGACGAUUGUGAGGUGUGAGAAGCAGAAGCCGAGGUUUCAUGCCUUCCUAAAGAUCAAUCAGUCCAAACCUGAGUGCGGGCGACAGACAUUGGUAGAGCUGCUGAUUCGUCCUGUGCAGAGACUACCCAGUGUUGCUCUCCUGCUCAACGAUAUUAAAAAGCAUACCUCUGAUGAUAAUCCUGAUAAAGACACCCUGGAAAAGGCCAUUGAGUCCCUCAAAGAGGUUAUGACCCAUAUAAACGAAGACAAGAGAAAGACUGAGGGCCAGAAGCAGAUCUUUGAUGUGGUUUACGAAGUGGAUGGCUGCCCUGCCAAUCUGUUGUCGUCUCAUCGGAGUCUGGUGCACAGAGUGGAAACUAUUGCUCUGGGAGACAAGCCUUGUGACCGUGGCGAACAUGUCACACUCUUUCUCUUCAACGACUGUCUGGAGAUUGCCAGGAAAAGGCAUAAGGUGAUCAGUACAUUCAAGAGUCCAAUGGGGCAGACGCGGCCGCCGGCCCAGCUCAAACACAUCGCGCUCAUGCCUCUGUCUCAGAUCCGCAGGGUGCUGGAUCUGCAAGACACUGAGGACUGUCAGAAUGCCUUCGCCCUGGUCGUGCGUCCCCCAACAGAGCAAGAGAACCUCCUCUUCAGCUUUCAGCUCACUGCCGAAGACACUCUCAAAUCAGCCUGGCUGAAGACUCUCUGCCGCCAAGUGGCCAACACAAUCUGCAGGGCCGAUGCGGAAGACCUGAUUCAGUGCACUGAUCCCGACUCCCUUCAAGUCAGCACUAAGGAUAUGGACAGCACACUGAGUCGAGCCUCCAGGGCCAUCAAAAAGACAUCAAAAAAGGUCACCAGAGCAUUCUCAUUCACUAAAACCCCCAAACGUGUGAUCCAGAGAGCUUUCAUGGCCAGCAGUACCCCAGAUGACAAGAGCCCUGGCACAGGCCCUGAUCACAUGUCCCGAAUGACUAGCAGCUCCACACUGGCUGCUGUUCAUUCCCCAUCAAUGGUCAACCUGUCCUCUGCUUUUGAGAGGAAGUACCACACUUUUAGCCGGUCUACUACGCACCUGAUCUGACCUGUGCCGUUCAGCAUGCUUCCCUGCACCCACCAAUUAACCUCUGCACAAUGGUACAGCACCCGUUCUCGCCUCGCGCGUGUUUAAUUUACAAGUUCAGAUCACUGCUCUCUGACUUGCCAAAUGAAGGAUUACUCUUGUAAUUUGUGUUUCUCUGUGUGUCACCAGUGUCAAAUGUUUGGGCACAUUCAAUUAACAGAUAAAGAGAUGUUGAUAACUGACAUUUUCAAGCUGUUUUAAGAGGGAUAGUUUUUUUCCAUUUAAUUAUUAACCAAUGAAAGUAUUUCUUAACAUUUUUAUGGGGAAGCCUGUCUGCAACUUAAGUGUCCAGCUUUUAUAAAGCUAUACAACUGAGUACUUUUAAUGUAAGUGGGUUACCAUUAGAAAAGCAGUGGAAAAAUCUGUAGUAAACCCAUUGCUAAAGUUCAGCAUCUUCUAAAAGUUUGUUUAUUAUCUGUUUUCCUUUUUUUGUGUUUAAAGGACAAAGGAAUGGUGGUCCACACAUCAAGCAUAUUUAUUCGUAAAAAUUAACUGACCAUAUAAAUAGUAUGUGAAUCCUAUAACUUCUCAUUCUUUUUGUAUUUAUAUGUAAAUAUGGUCUUCUUUCAUUGUGGUAGUGUCACUUAUCUUUGUUUUUCCCUUAGAUCUUAAUUUGAAUGUCAGUUACUUACUAAUCGCUGCUUCAGUGGCCUGUCCACAUGUAUGCACAUACUCAUGUUUUAUGCAAACUCCUCUUUUCUGUUUUGUCAGUUAUGGCAUUCAUAUAUGAUCUUUUGAUCUUUUUCAGUAAUUUGCAAUUGAUUUUAGGUAACUGGUUUUAUGUUUGAAACACAUCUCAUUUAUUCAAUUCCAAUAAAAGAAGGAUGUAGCCAA